AUGGAAAUCAAAGUGGCAACUCCGUCGCAAAACGACGUCGCUUACUUCAUGCGAAUGACCGGCGCACCCGAGUCUCUUGCACUCCAAAGGAUAGAGGAAUCGGGAGGAAACGUGAAUGAAGCUAUUAAUGCUCAUUUCCGGCAAUAUAAUAAUAGUACAAUGUUUAGACCGUCACUACUACUUAAUAGAAUUUAUAAGAGAAGAGAACUUAUUAGAGAUUCACCUAAUGGGAUUAAUGGUGCUAGUGAUAGUAAUUUACAUUCACCACAAUAUGCUGUUUCUACAAGUCAAAAUGAAACCGAAAAUUCGUCACGUGAAGCUCGUGAUUAUCAUUACAAUGACCAUUAUUCAUCAGAUCCCAGUGUCUCACAGCAUGUAUCUGAUAAUGAUGUUGAGGAAGAUAUGAUUCGAGCUGCAAUUGAGGCUUCAAUGAGUACCAAUGUUAAUGGUUCAUUGGACGAUGAUGAUUUGGCUGAAGCACUUUCACUGUCCUUAAAGACUGCGGCUGAAGAAGAAGAAGAACGUGAAUUUAUAGUUAAAGAAAUAAUAAGCAAGAUAGAGCAAAGCAAAGCAACAACAGCAGAAGAAUCGGACAUGAGUAUCAUACUGCCGCAUGAAUAUAUAUCACAAGAAUAA